AUGAAGGCACUGGUUGAAGAGAUUGAUAAAAGAACGUAUAAUCCUGACAUAUAUUUCACAUCGUUGGAUCCUCAAGCACGUCGAUAUACCUCCAAGAAAAUUAAUAAGCAUGGUACAACAUCUAGCUCUAGGCCCGUAAAGCGCAUCAACUAUUCUUUGGCAGAUUUAGAAGCCAGACUGUAUACAUCGAGGCCUGAUGGUGAUGCUAACAAUGUUAGCAGACAGGAUGAUCGAAAUAGCAAGAAUUCAAAUUCAUUUGAAGAAAGGUUCACUCAACAGGAAAUACUUCAAUCAGACAGGAGGUUUAUGGAACUUAACACAGAGAAUUUCUCGGAUUUGCCAAAUGUGCCGACUUUACUGAGUGACCUGACGGGCGUGCCCCGAGAUAGGAUCGAAUCCACAACGAAACCAAUCUCCCAGACUUCAGAUGGUCUCUCUUCAUUGAUGGGUGGCGCAUCUUUCGGAAAAGAACACUCCAAGUAUGGUCAUGGUUGGGUGCUGAAGCCGGAGACUUUAAGGGAGGUUCAAUUAUCGUACAAAUCUACAAAACUACCUAAACCAAAGAGGAAAAAUACAAAUCGUAUUGUAGCGUUGAAAAAGGUCUUAAGCUCCAAGAGGAACUUGCAUUCAUUUCUAGAUUCUGCCUUACUGAACUUGAUGGAUAAGAACGUUAUUUAUCACAACGUUUACAAUAAGCGAUAUUUUAAAGUUUUACCUUUAAUUACCACAUGCUCUAUAUGCGGUGGUUACGACAGCAUUUCAAGUUGUGUUAAUUGCAGUAAUAAGAUUUGUUCCGUGAGCUGUUUUAAACUACAUAAUGAAACCAGGUGCAGAAAUAGAUAG